UGUCAGACUUUGAUUUCCAAACACAAGUCACUCACUCCCUCUGCCCCCCCUCUCUCUCUCUCCCCCGUUCGAUUCGCUAACUGUCCUCUAUUUCUGAUUUACUUCAAAGCUCUCUCUUCAAAAUCUUCCCAAAUAUAACUUUAGGUUUUCCUUUUCUAUCUCUCUUUUCUUGUUCUGGCUCUCUUCAACAAUAUGUCAUCAAAGCAUCAAUGUUUUUGCUGAUCAGGGGUGAUUAAUUAGUUCAAUUAUAUGAAGUAAGACCUCUUUUCUGGGGGGAGAUAUUGAUGGGGUCUACCAAAAGAAAAACGUUGGAAGGAGUUCCUGUUGUUGUUCAAAGUGAAGGGUUUGUUUUUAUGGAUGAUGAGAGGUUGGAUCGGAGGUUGAAGAGAAGGAAUAUUGGCACUCGACGAUUCAAGGUCAAUUCUAAUGGAAAAGGCAACAGCUGUAAAGGCAUUACAGCUCUGAAGAGUAGCUCUGAAAUUUUUUGUGCUCAGAAGGAUGGCCAUGACAGCGAUGUUGGUGAUGAAGAUUACAUGAAGUAUCAUGAUGGUUCAGUUAGAGGGCCGUUUAUUGAUAGCGAUGCUCCUCUUGACACGAAAUCUUCUUCAUCCAAGAAAAAUAACGAAAGAUACAGUGGUAUUAAAAAUACCGUGUCUCCAAUGAAUGCACCCAUCAGCAGCAGCUGUAUUCUACUUGACGAUGAUGAUAAAUAUGAGGUUGAUGAACAUUACAAGAAGUUUUUAAAGGACUUAGAUGGAGGGCUGUAUGUUGAUAGUGACUGUGAUGCUUGUGUGGAUAUCAAGUCUUCAUCCAAGAGAAAUGUCAGGUCAACUGAUAAUGGUAAUGCUGUUGGCCUUGUUAAUCGGUUUGUGGAGAAUAAUGUUGGUAUUAAUGGGGCUUUGGAUGGUGGUAAUGCGGAUACUAGUUUUGUUGAUGAUGAUACUGCUCCUAUGACUCUGCCUGAUGGUAUUGCUAGUGUUGGGACAGUUGAUGUUGGUCUAGACGGUGCUAGGGCUGGAGAUAAUGAUAUCAUUUAUGAUGGGCAUCUCAAUAAUGGCAUUGUAGGGGAAGAUGAAGGAGAUGAUGGUAAUAAUAAAGAUGAUGGUUUUGUAGGUGAUGGUGCCGACACUAAUGAGGAUCCUGACUAUAAGAUGUUCUUGGAUAAUCUUAGACAGGAUGGGAAAUCAUGCAUUCUUGAGAUUCCACUGACUAAUGAGAUAUCAAUAACUGUUAGGUAUGACUUACAAGAUGGCGCAUAUGAUGGGUGUAACAUAGAGAAACCAAAAACUCAGAAGGACUGUCCAAAGAGAAAGAACAAAGGAACCACGGAAUUGUUGAAGAAUGAUUCGAGAAUUGAGAGAGUGGAAACGAGGAGUGUUACGAGGAAAGAGAGAGCGGCAGCUUCGAGAAAAUUGAGGGGUGCUCCAGCAAGAGCAAUGAAGAUUUCAGUGGUUGAAAGCAAGAAGAUAACAAAAUAUAUGAAUCCUAUUUCUUGUAGAGCAGAUGGACAUGCUGGCAAAAGGCCUAAUUCAGAAUCUCUUGGUCCAACUAAUUGCAAGAGCAAACAAGAAAUGAAAUUGGAUAUGACCCAGAGAAUAUUGAGGGAUGUCCCAAGCCGAGAAAGAAAGGUUUCAGCUGUUGAAAGGAAUUUGAACGGGGAAACUGUGGAUCUUACAAAUGAAGGUGCAAGUAAAAGGCCUAGUCCAGAAGCUCUUAGUUUGACUAAUUUCGAGCGAAAACAUAAGGUGAAAAUGACAAUGGUGAAUCAUAUAACAGAGAAUCAAAGAAAAUCCAGGGCUGCUUCAUCCAGAGAGAGAAAGAUUUCAGCAGUUGAAAGUAAGGUGAGAGAGGAACCUUCGAAUCUUGUUUCUUGCAGAGAAAAUGUAAUUGCAAGGAAAAGACCUGGUCAACAAGCUAUUGGUAUGAAUAAUUGCAAGCGCAAACACAUGCAUCUGGAUAUGGAGAAUUGUAGGAUGGAAACUCAACAAAAUAUAAAGGAUGUUCCAGCCAAAGAAAGGGGACAUUCGGCAGUUGAAAGGAAGUUUGAAAAGCAGUCCCCGAAUGCAGUCCCACAUGGAGCUGAUGGGCAUGCAAGUAAAAAGCCUAGUCCACAAGCCCCUAGCUCCACAAAUUGCAAAAACAAAUGUGAGAUGAAUCUGGAUAUGGUGGAUCAUAGCUACCGAAGUUUUUUGAAUUCACUUAAAAAAGAUGGUAGAUAUGCAGUAUUCGCUCCUCAAAGUGGAAAAGGAGUUUUGUUUGGAGAGGAUGAACAGGGUUCCUCUGAUUCUGAGGUGAUUGUCAUGGACAAGGAUCAAUUUCUUGGUGGAAAUGAUACUCCAUUUGUGAGUUCAAAAGCAUACAUUGUAGAGGAUGAAGGUUGGAUGGACAACGGAGUUUCCAGUAAAUUUAGAGAGGAACUUUUGAAAAUCCUUGAAAAGCCUUAUGAUGAAAGGGAGUUCGAAGACCUGUGGCAAAGAAUAUCUCACCGAAGUCAUGUGAACCGUGAUAUAAACUUGCGGAGUGGGUGUAUAAGAUAUGAAACAAAAGCUAUUGGAAAAUCUUAUCUUGACCAUCAUGCAGAUCUGGAAGCAAAGAUCCGAUCAGCUCAGGGUAACCGGCCAGAAAUUUUGAAUCUCAUGCGUGGUUUUUUCUGUUGGUUGAUGAAUGCAUCGCAUGCUGGAUCUCGAGCACUUCGACCUUGGCUGGACUCUUCAUGUUUGAAAAUGCGGCCAAAACAUAAGAAAGAGAUAGAUGUCUUAUGAGUGACUGAAUUAGAUCAUGAAAUAUAAUCUAGCAUGUGAAGAAGAUUGGUAGAUGCGAAGGUUGUACUUCCAGAAACUAUGCCAGGUAGAAGGUGCCAAUGCAUAGAAUGCUAAAUACUCAUGCAACUUUUAGCGGCUCAUGGAGAUGAGCCGUCAGUAUGAAACUGUAUUUAAACA